AUGCAGACUGGCUCGAAUGCUCUGCACUUGGCUGCCUUCGAUGGCCGUCUUGCGGCGGUCAAGCAGCUGCUGGAGUGGGAUCCCAAACUGGUCGAUGCACGGACCAAGGUAACAGAGCACAGACACGUCUCUGACACGUCAGUGUGUGUGUGUGUGUAUGUGUGUUGAUUGCAGAGUGGGUGGUGGGGGCCAGGCGCCACGCCAUUCAUCUAUGCUGCCGUCAAUGGUCAUGUCGAGGUGCUGAAGGUUCUGUAUGCCAAAGGAGGGGAGGACCUGCUCACUCAGACGGACAAGGUGAGACCUCACCCACGAAAAAACACAAAAUGCCUCUCAUCUGAUUGAUUGCCUUUCUUUUGUUCGCAUGACACACACAGUUCGGCAGGACGGCACUCCACAAGGCUGUAUCCUAUAGCCGCUCUGCAGUUGUGUCUCUGCUGUGGGCCACACAGAUGACUGACUGACGCGAGUGUCUUCUCCACUCUCUGUCUCUCUGUGUGUCAUUCUCAAAGGCUCGAGUGGGGCGGCAGUGCUCUGCUCGACAUCAAAGACAAAAUUGUGAGUGCACACAGACAUUCACACCAUCGAUGGGUCGAGUGAUGUGCUCAUCACAUCUCGUGACGACAGGGGAAGACGCCCUGGGACGAGGCGGCGAGCAAGCCGGAGAUCAGAGAGAUCAUGGUGAAGUACAAGUGA